ACCUGUUUACUAUGGAUAUCAUCAGCACUGGAAGCAGCAACGAAGAUGAAGCAGCUUCAAAGACAAUCACUGACAUCAUCCAUGGUCUAGAUUCCAACAGUGAAUACGGCAGCCAGACUUCUGCAGAUAAAGAGGGCACAACUGUUCUUGCUUCUGGCAAAUCCGAGAAUGAUUCUCAUAUGUUGAAGAAUUCAGUUCCAGAAACACAAAGGACUGCCUCUUUACCAUCAUGUCUAUCAAGUAAUGGUAACUUUCAGACUUCUCAGUGCAGCAAUGAAGUCAAUGGUUUGUUAGACAAAAGAGCAGCGAGGUUGUCAAGAAGGAGCUGUGUAUAUAAGACUUCUAACUCCAGCAUGAGCUUAGAUCAAAAUGCUUCAGACGGCAGUAAAAGUAGAUCUGCAAACAAAUCUGAAAAUAAGAGUAGACGGUCAGAGCCUCCCAGGGGGCCUUAUUCUAGGGACAGGCAGACAAGUCUGAAUGCACUUUCACCAAAAGAUUUAAAUAUAGAUACUCCUCCAUUGACGGUGAAAUCUUUAGGUUUGGAAGCACUUUAUCAUCAGGAAAAGACCGGCACUGUGAAGAUUUCAGGGAAUGCCGAUGGCUCUGUCAGAUCUGGUAGACGCUUGUUAGAAGCCGUGUCAGAGGUUGGUAACAAUAAUUGUGAAAAAGUAGCAACAGCUGCAAGUGAUGAUAAUAUGGAAAGUAACGUAGCAUCCAUCAGAGCUCAGGUGGGACAACAGAGAACCAAAAGAUUGUCAAAACGGCAGUCAUUAAUCUCUGAAAUGUCAGAGUCACCAUCAUUAAUUUCUAUAGAAUUAAAACAGCCAUCAUUAAUCACCCAAGAAAAUGCUAAAGUUGGUUUAUCCUUGGGCUUUGAAUCAGAGAAAUUGUGUAAGUCUACAAAAGAAAGUCUGCUUGAGUCUAACAAACAAAAUAAAAAAGCUACUUAUUCUAAUUCAGGUAUGCUUCGUGGAUCUGCAGACAGUGCUGCUUCAGAAUCUUCUACUGCAUUAAAGGUAGCUCGAAAGAAAAGAAACCUUCUUGCAGGUGCAGCUUUUCCAGUGAGUUCCCUAGAAGCACCUGCCAAACAGAAAUCACCUGUAACUAAAUCAUCUCACAAGUCUAAAUUGCACAUUGUGGGAUCGGAUAUCAAAUCUGAUAUUUCUUUUAUGUUUGGUUUUAAGUCACAUGGCACAAAAACUGAGAAUAAAAAGAUCAAACGAAGAAGCACACGUCUGAACAGGGAGCUUCCAGAAUCUUCUGUUGAUGGUCUUUCAGGGUCGGAACAAAGUGUCAUAAAUUCCUCGUCUAAAAAUGUGUCGGCAGUUAAUGACAGUUUAUGUAAAACUGCGACGGAAAAUACUUCUGUGAGUAGUCAUGGGAAACAAAAUCAAUCAUCUUUUGGGGAUUCGAUGCUGAAAGGUGAAAUGUCAAUGUCCAUGGCAUAUGGACAUGAUGACUCCUCUGCAAACAUAACAAGAGUAGGCACUUCUCGGCGAAGCUUGGAAGAAUUCCGCACAAACAUCAAAACAACCGGUAGGAAUAGAAAACCCGGCAGUCUGUCUACACUGAGAUCCACAGCUGCAAAAACCAGUAAUGACUCCACUAAAACAGAUGAACUGAAAAAUAAACUCACAAAAACAAAUGUGAAUACUCAACAAACUAAAAGGAUAAAACGUAGUUUAUCUCCCAGUGGUAGUACAACAAGCGGAGCGUCUGAGAAACAUAAAAGAUGUGACCAGUUGCCUGGUGCCGAUGUAGACAGUACUUUGAGUGAGUCCUCUCUGGCAGAGGAUGACCAGGUGCCAGCUCGAUUGCGGCAUGCUCAUUCUUUGCUGAUGGAGCAGAAGCGGCAGCCGCCUUCAAAAAGAUCAGCCUGCACACUUGUUGUGACAAGUCUUCACCGGGAUGAGCAAGAAACAGUGUAUGCGAUUGUGAAGAGUCUUGGAGUGUUUCAUUUGACCAACAACGUGGAACCAACAACCACCCAUGUUGUCUGUGGCGAGUCACGGAGGACUCUCAAUCUGCUCAAGGGAAUAGCAAGUGGGUGCUGGUUGCUGAGAAAGGAAUGGGUGUUGGAGUCACUCGAGGCUGGCACCUGGCUGCAGGAAGAGUCUUAUGAAAUGAGGGAUAUCCUGGCAGCUGUGAAAUCCCGCAGUGAAAGACAGAAGGUUGGCCCCAGCUACAAGGCCAACCUCUUUUCCAAGUGCGGCCCAAUAUUUGUAUCUUCUGCUUGCACCCCGCCAAGAAAAGAAGUGGUUCACUUGAUUAACCUUUGCUGCGGGCAGGUUACUGGUUCAGAAACUAGAGCAGCCAUCCAUCUUGGUGACGACCACAACCCCAGGAAGCUUGUGAUCAAACCUGUGUGGGUUUUGGACUGUAUUAUGAAGCUGGAGACUCUCCCGACUGAUGAUUACAUUGUGUUCCCCAAGGCACUAACUUCACACAGAGAGAGUAGUCCAGAGUUCUGA